CCAAGCAAUCCUCCCUCUCUCUCACUACCGGCGAUGGCAUCGGCGGCGGCGGCGGCGGCGGCGGCGGAGUGGGAGGAGGCUGACCGGAAGGUGCUGGUGGCGAGGAAGCCCGCGUUCGGGCUCCCAACCGCAUGCCCGACCUGCCUCCCCGUCCUCCUCUACCUCCGCAUGUGCAAGGUCCCCUUCGACAUCCACGUCGACUCCUCCUUCCCCGACGCCGAUCACAUACCAUAUGUUGAGUUUGGUGAGUGUGUUGCAUUCAACAAUGAAAAGGGUGGUGUAAUUGAAUAUCUCAAGGAGGGGAAAAUUAUUGACUUGAACUCAAAGCAUCCAAGUGUUUCUUAUUCGGAUGUGUUAUCCACAAAGGCCAUGGUUUCAACCUGGCUUUCAGAUGCUUUGCAAUAUGAACUCUGGGCGGUUACCGAUGGAAGCAUUCCACAUGAUAUCUACUUUUCUGAUCUCCCCUGGCCCAUUGGAAAGAUACUCUAUUGGAAGAAAACGAGAGAAGUGAAGCAACAACUGGGUAUAACUAAGCUUAAUGCUGCAGAAAAAGAAGAGGAGAUAUACCAGAAAGCAAAUGCUGCUUAUGAUGCCCUAUCUACAAGAUUAGGAGAUCAAAUCUUUCUUUUUGACAACAGCCCUACAGAUGUUGAUGCUCUUUUCCUUGGACAUGCUCUUUUUGUUCUUAAUGCAUUACCUGAUACAUCUGUGCUGCGAAGCUGUCUGCAGAAGUAUGACAACUUGGUAAACUUUACCGAGCACCUCAAGGUCCAAUUACUGGAACCUGAUUCAUCAGCAACAGGAUUAGGAUCAUCAACUGAUCCAUCAUCAUCCUCCACACCCAGGAAAAGAGCGUCUUCUGGUCGGAGUUAUAAGCCAAAGCCCAGGGCUAAGAAGGAACGAACAGAGGAGGAAAAGACAUUCAGGCGAAGAUCAAAGUAUUUCCUUGCGACACAGCUUGUUGCAGUUCUUAUAUUCCUAUCGCUCAUGGGUGGAGUCGAUAGUUCUGAGCUAGACGUUGAGGAUGGUGUAUAUUAUGAAGAUUGAUUCCCUCUGCUGUACUACAUGAUUCUUUCUGAAAAUUUUAAUUUGCUGAAGCACCGUUUGUGGUGCUUGAAAAUGUUCUUCCCAUGGUUAGUCAGAGAGAUCGCAUACUUCAUAUUGUAGUUAGGAAUACACUGAGUUGGCCUGGAGCUGGCACUUCCCUCGUUUUGGGUACUUCAGAGGUAAACGUAAUUUGUCGAAUUCUGUAUGGAUUCGUUGCAUGCAAUUGUAUGUGUCUAAUGCCCUUUCGUCUGGAGAUUUGCUAAAUAAAUGAAGCACCAUUUG